UUGUAAACUUUCUGCCAGGCUGAGUAAAUACUAGACCGGGUGGGUGUGUCUAUGCAAAUUGAGGUCAGCCCCUGAAGUCUCUUUGCACCACUUGCCACAGUUCACCACCAGAUGUCAGGGUAGAGUUUACACCAUUUUAAAACUACAUUGUUAGGUCAGUUCAGGUUUGCAACAAAAUAUACUGGCCUCUUAAGUCUAGAGAGGGACUAGUGAACCCUGUGCAGGAAUACUGGUAUGAACAAAGGGUCAAGAAAUGGCCAAAGUCAGAGAUGAGGAAGCAUUCCAAGGCAUUAGUAGUGGGUGGAGAAAAAAACCCGCAGGAGACUGUCCCAAUAAGGGUCUGUAAUGAAGGAGACUGGAUAAGCUUCCUUUUUCUGCUAGCCAGUGAGGAGGAGCGCUUUGAAGGAAGGCAAUAUAUUUGCCGUCUUCUCUCUCAGAAUAGGGAAGAUCCAGAGAUAAUCGCCUUUGAUGAGCUAAGGACAGACUUCAAGAGCCCAAUAGACCAGUGCAAUCCAGUUCAUGCACGAGAGAGACUAAGAAACAUUGAGCGCAUCUGCUUUCUUCUGAGAAAGCUAGUGCUGCCUGAGUAUUCUAUCCAUAGCCUUUUCUGCAUCAUGUUCUUGUGUGCUCAGCAAUGGCUAACCCUGGGGCUGAAUGUUCCUCUGGUUUUCUAUCACUUUUGGAGGUAUUUCCAUUGCCCAGCAGAUAGUUCAGAGCUCGCAUAUGAUCCACCUGCAGUCAUGAAUGCGGACACCCUCAGUUACUGUCAGAAAGAAGCAUGGUGUAAACUAGCUUUUUAUCUCCUUUCCUUCUUCUACUAUCUUUAUUGCAUGAUCUACACUUUAGUGAGCUCUUAACUCAAAAAUCAUCAUUAAAGACUGGGAACAACAAAGGAUGGUGAGCAGUGACAAGUCAGCCUACAGUGAUGCUUGAUGAAAAGAAUAGAAAGGAGAAGAAAGCUUUGAACCCAAGCACUAAUACAGUGUAUGAAAGAGAUACAGUCAGAAUAAUGACCAACUGUGGAUCUGGAGUACCAUGGAGACUAGGCUGAGUAAACAAUGUUUAUCUUCUGUUUCUCUGUAUACCUUGAUCUAUGGCUUUAAACAGGCAAAAAAAUUAUCACACAUGGAGGCAAAGUCAAAGAACUAUGAUGGGAGAUGCUGCUUAGUGAAUCUGGUUCAUCGCAAACUGCUAGUUCACAAGGAACAAAGUGUCUCGACUGUUUUGUACUGAAGCAGUGAAGGGGGAGAAUCAUCAUCCUCAGAAUGGUGGCUAAGGAUGCUGCUCAGACACAUGUUAAAUAUACCGCUUUCUGAGCAUGAACUUUGGUCAGAAUCAAGGUGGGAUUGAUGUCCGUUAUCCAUGGGUGUUCAUGUGACUCUAAGGAAAAAGACUUAUUGUAUCUGCCAAUUAAGUGAUUUUAAUACUUUUUUCCACCUGUGACAAAGAAAUUAAUAACUUGCACCAGCAGUGCAAUCAUUUCAAAAAUCCUGUGCCUGUGGUUGAAUAGCCAGUGGUAUAUAUUUUUAUAGUCCUUCUGUGAUGCUACAGUUUAUGGUACAGUUUUAUCUAAAAAUGCAUUAAGUUAUGACCUAAUUCUGUCAACCAUUCAUUAGCAUAGUAUUCCUCUUACUGGGGAAAAAUUGUUGAAAAUUACAAUAUUAUGGAAUGGUGUAACAUGAAUAUUCUACACACCAGAAUGUUGUAUGCAAAAUAUUGUACCUGUAAAAGACCAGGUUAUUUUAGUCUGUAAUUUUGUCAUGCUAUUUCAUGUGUGUUGUCCAGUUUAAUCUGAAAUUAAUGGGCUAUUUAAUGCUUGGUUUCCCACAUAUUGGACAAGUGUUGUGAAAAAUUGUCAAUACUUUUAAAAAUUAUUUAAUGCAAAGAUUUUUUACUUAAUCUUAGAAUACAGGUUGAUAUAGAUGGACUGUGUAUGCUUAUGAAUAACUAAAUAUAUGUGUGCGUGCACACAAUCCACCUAUAUAUGUUGAAUAUAAUAUAAAGGUUACUUUACAACCUAUGAGUAAGGUGCUGGGCUUUUGGAAAGUGUUUUAUACACUGACUACUGUAUUAAAAAACAAAAAGUAAUGUAAACAGUAAUUUAAUUUCUCAUCUCAUUGAGAAGUCCAGUCUUGUACUUCUUAAAUGCAAACUGCAAUAUAAUACAGAUAUAUUCUAACUGCACAAUUCCAAAGAGUAUGUUGCAAUAAAGAAAAUUAAUUGGCACAAAUAGUAUUUGGCCAAAUCCUGUUGGCUUUACUCACACCUAACCCUUACUCUCACAAGGAGUCCCCUUAACUUUAGCAGGGUUGCAGGAUAGGCCAUUUGUCUUUACUCAAGGUGCAAAACUUUCACUGAAGUCAAAGGGUGAAUUGUUUGACUAUGGGACCAGGGUCUGUCCUUCACUAAAUUUGCUUUGAACUGUUCCAGAAAUGCAAAGCAUACUUAAAGCUGGCUUAAGUAGCUAGCUGAGGUUUUCCUUAAUAGCAGGGGAAAUUGAGUGGCAUAGGACUGGUUACAUCAGCCUUGCGCCACCCUGCUUGUAGCAUAAGCAUAAGAGUUUUAAGGUGGAAGGUGUGAGGUCAGUGGGAUUUGAGGAAAGAUCCCUCAGGCUCACAGCAUCUUUAGGAUCAGCCUCCAAAGAAGCAAGAACCACAUGGCAGCAAACCAUCCCCAUUUAUUAACUAGUGAUGCUGAAAUAGUGGCAGGUGAUAUUCUUACCUCUUCAAAUGUAUACUAGAUCUUCGUGAUUUUCUUGUCAGGGUGAUUUUGAACCCAUAGAGUUUAUCAAAUGAUACAGUAAGUAGAAGAGAUUGUUUUGUUUUUAAAGUAAAAUAACUUUGUUUUAUGUCUUGUUACUGUAAACAGUCCAGAAACUUAAUCUGAAUUCCUUUGUAUUGUGACUGGGUGACCUAACAUCAGAACCAAUGUAACCAGAGCUGGGGGCUGUCUCAUAAAGG